AUUUGAUUUAUCCUCUUCUAAAAACACAUGGCUUUCAAGCUCCAUCAAUGGCUGUUUAGCUUGAGAAAGAAAAAAAACGCGAUUCUCUAUAUUAACGUAUACAACAAUAACCCUUUUUUACCAUAAGUUUCUUCCGCUUCUUCUCACCACUCGUAUCCCUUUCAUAUAUUUUUCUCUGUCGUCUUCCUCUCACCGCCUCUCGCUCGUGAUUUUUGUAUUUAUCCAACAAAGAUUCGAUUUUUAAGCCAUACCCUUUUUCUCGUUCCUCGAUUCGAGUGUUUCUCUUCCUCUUUUUUGACUUAUGGAUUUGCUUGUGAGCAUAAUCUUAGGGCUAAUCGUGGGAUGGUUAGCUUUCGUUGUUGGAUUGAUCAUUGGAUGGGCAUGGAAACCGAGAUGGGUUUCUUCUUCUUCUUCUAAUAACCUCAAAGUCAAAUUACAAUGUUCUGCUCCGAGAUCCUUUGAUUUGUCUUUACCAUCAUCUCCUUCUCCUCGUUCUGCAACUUCUCCGUUAAAGGGUUUUGGUUCAGCUCCUUGCUUAAAGGCUCUUGUUUGUGAUACAUGGACUAUGGCUUUAAGACAACAGAAAACCAUUUCUCCUGUUUCUUCGUCAUCAUCGUGUGAUUCUUCUGACCAUGUAGAUGUAAUUGCUGGAGGGAAGAAAACAGAGGAGAGGUUGCCUAAUACUGUAACGGAGUUAGAUUUGAGACAUCUUGUGCAAUUGGUUGAGAGGAAAGAUGGUGGUCAAGCUUGGAUUCAGAUUAUGGAUCGUUUCACUCCUGGAAUGAGAUAUCAAGCUUGGUUAAGAGAACCUAAAAGUGGUCCUACUGAGUAUAGAAGCAGAACUGUGUUUGAGGAUGCAACUCCUGAGGUUUUAAGAGAUUUUUUCUGGGAUGAUGAGUUUAGACCAACUUGGGAUACAAUGCUUUCUAAUUCCACCACUGUUGAAGAGUGUCCAACUACUGGAACCAUGAUUGUUAGAUGGAUACGCAAGUUCCCGUUCUUCUGUAGUGAUAGAGAGUAUGUGAUCGGUCGCAGGAUAUGGAACUGUGGCAAUUCUUACUACUGUGUUACAAAGGGAGUAUCAGUUCCUUCUAUACCGCGCAACAACAAACAAAAACGUGUGGAAUUGUUCUACUCGAGCUGGUGCAUUCGACCAGUUGAGUCAAGAAGAGAAGAUGGAGUAACAAGUGCCUGCGAAGUUCUUCUAUUUCACCACGAAGACAUGGGGAUACCAAGAGAAAUCGCAAAGCUCGGAGUGAAACGAGGGAUGUGGGGAGCGGUUAAGAAGAUGGAGCCCGGUUUACGCGCUUACCAAGAGCAAAGACUCUCAGGAGGAGAAUCCAAGCUUUCUCGGCCAGCUUUAAUGGCUCAGAUCAACACCAAGAUCACAUCAGAACAUCUCAUCUCGCUCAGCAACGGUGCAUCGCCUGUCGCUGAAACUGCGGUUACAUUGGACCGAGGAAACCAUGCUGCGAAUCUGAAGAAACUGUUGAUUCUUGGUGGAGCAGUAGCGGUUGUUUGCACUUUGAGCGGAGGGGGUUUUGCUCCUCCGGCGUUUCUUUUAGGGUUUGGGAAGAAGUUUGUUAAUGGUGGGAGAAAACGUCAGCCACAAGGAACAGCAACAACAACAACUCAAAGUCAAACUACGUCUCCAUAGAUUCGUUUUUAGUAGAUUGAGAACAAUUCAAGAACGCAGAUAAUUCUAGAUUAGUUUGUAGAAUUUGAAUAAGCUGUUUGAUUAAUCUUUAUACAAAAGGAGAUAAUUUUUUACAAGUAAUCAAUAAAAAUCUGAUAAAAGUAUUAA